CCCUUCCCACACCCCAUGCUAGAGACCAAGAGAGACGCCUGCGCAGGGGAGCGUGCGUGGGUGAUUCGCAGAGGGAAGUUCGACUUCCGCUUCCGGUUCCGCUCCACCGCUCGUCCUUGCCCAGGGUUCGGUUGGCGCAGUUGGUGGGGACCUGAAGUGGCCAAAAUGCUGAGGAACUUGCUGGCUCUUCGCCAGAUUCCCCAGAGGACCAUAAAUGUUGCCCCAGUCAGGCAGCUUAAAAACAAAGUUCCAGAAAAACAAAAGCUAUUCCAGGAGGAUGAUAGUAUUCCAGUGCAUCUAAAAGGUGGAGUAGGAGAUGCCCUACUUUAUAGAGCCACCAUGUUGUUUACAGUUUUUGGAACAGUUUAUGCCAUUUAUCAGCUUGGUGUGGCUUCAUUUCCCAAGAAACAGAAUUGAUUCAAGUUUACCUCCAUGGGAAUCAGUUGAUUCAACUUCAUGUUCCAGGGAACAGUCUGUGAUAAAUAGCUGAGUUCAUUUUGGGGAUCAAUAUUUAUUGAACUAUACUAACUGCAAUCAAUAAAGCAGUUUUACUUUGC